GUAACCCUGGCUUGAGCGCGUAGUUAGUGGUGUGCUGACGAUAUCAUCUCCGCCGCCACUUUGGGCUUUAUUUUGUUCCGAACAGCCACUGUUUAUUUACAGCGCAGCGGAAGUGUCAACUGUGUCGUCAAGCUGCGGCAAGAUAUCUCUCUCUUGUUAUACUCUUGUAGUCUCGUAUUGCGUUGGUGACUGCAGCCACUGCAGUCCUGCGGACGGCAGUUCGGGCGAUUCCGCACGCUUAUACCGAGGCUGGGGCUCAACGGGAGACAUGGAUUUCAUUUCUAACAUCUGGAAGAACACGACGAAAGGAGCCGAACCGCAAGCGAAGGCUCCAGAAUCGGCCGAGGGAUCCGAUGCGCCCGACAACAAACCCACCAACGAAGCCGCUACUAAUGAGCCACAAGCACCGUCCAAGGAAAGCGGUGGCGGAGGCAGCGACUCGGGUUCGACGUCAGGACCCGACACAGACGCUCCUCCGACGCCAGAAACGCCGAAACCAGCGGCCAAUGCUGCGCCUUCGAACGACAAGGGACCCAUGGGCGCGGGCAUCUCUAUUCCGCUAGAAAAUGUGUCCCACAAGGCGAUGGAAUCGGCGAAAUCGUUCGGAAGUUUCCUCUAUUCUGUGGCGAACAAGGCUGGAAAAACUGUGCAGGAAACGGCCAAGCAGAUCAAAACAACAGUCGAGGAGAAUAGCAUCCUAGCAGACUUUAAUCGAGAACAAGAGACCUUUGUGAAGGGCAAGCAGAGGUGUGACACUGGGAUCUUACCCUGGGUUGGAUGCGAAGACGAAGAAAAUGUGAAGCAGCAAAUACUGUCCCUCUCGGCUGACAAAAGAAACUUUGUGCGAAGUCCACCAAGUGGAGUUAUGUUUGAGUUUGACAUGGACACCAUGUCUCCCGUCGCCAUGGCCUUGCUUCAGGAGGACGGCAACCUUGAGAAAAUGAGAUUUGAACUUGUCCCAAAAUGGAUUCCUGAAACUGACUUUUGGAGGAACUAUUUCUACCGUGUUUCGCUCAUCAAGCAGUCAACACAGCUAAGCGCACUCGGUCACGGCAAGGGUGCUGGAAGCAGCAGCAGUGGCGACACCUCAUCGGUCUCAUCACAGCAGAGCCCAUCCGACGAAAGCAGCAAACAGAAUUUGGCGGCCGGAGACGACGAUGAGGCACUGGACAGCCCAACCCAUGAGUUUGUUUCGGACACCUUCCAAGGCACCAAGAUCUCCGAGGAGGAGGUUAAGCUGGGUAUGAAACAACUUGGCAUGGGAGACAAAGCAGUGGCAGAUGACGACUGGGAGAAGGAACUCCAGCAAGAGCUGCAGGACUAUGAAGUGGUGGCGACCGACUCGGCCGCACAGGGCGAUGAUCCCGAGUGGGAGAACGAAAUACAGGAGAUGCUGGCAGCCCACAAAUAGGCUUGCCAUGCGCUGCCUUCUUCUUCCAGCCACCUUUUAUCUGGGAAACACAUUCUGGGCCACAGCCGCUACGGCCCCUCCACCAAACGGCACAAGGGCGGGUAAUUCAGGGUGCCCCGACUGUCUGCUGCCACGCUAGUCUCAUUUAUGUUGUGCGUGCAUCUUUUCAGCUUAUGAAUGUGUGUGUGUGUGUGUCUCUGCAGAGUCGCACUGCUUUGUUUGGACCUAGUACACAUUGUGCAGCUUUAAGCGGCAACCACACGUAAUGCACUUCCGAGAUAUUUUCGUCCUGGCAUCGGCCAUCACAGACAUUCAUGUGCGAUGACUGAACUGUAUUGCUGGCCACAGUGCAUGUUACACUGGCUAAAAAGAAUAACCCACACCACACGUUACGAUCUCGAUAACUGAGCAGUUAUCCCACGGCACGCAGUCGACAUUCCGACGCUUGCAGAUAUUGCACCAUAGAAGUGCCAGAAAUAUGCGUGUGAUUGCUGCUUUACGUUUUCGAUUAUCGAAGAGUCUCGAUAAUUGGCUUCGAGCAUGCUACAUUCUCUGUAGCACCGUCUUUUGCCGCGAAGCAGCUAAGAUAUCGAAAGUCUGCAUGAGCCUGUUUGUCAGUGUGGUUGUCGUGGUACCUUGCACUGGAGAGUGCCGCAAGAUUCUAAGACCGCGGUACUCCUUGGUGCCAUGGGGGUACCACUUCUUGUGUGUGAACUAGGUUCCAAAUUUUUGGCAGUACCGCUCUUCUUUUCUUGCCUUCUCUCCAUGAGCUGUGUUGUGGGCACAAAACACGAAGACUGUCUUCCAGUCGCUCAUUAAGAAAAAGAAAAAAAAAACGUCUUUAGGAGCAAGCUAUAGCAGACAGUUUAGAGAGGUCAGCAAAGCAGCUUGUUGUAGAAGCUUGUGUAGUGAAUGGAAAAGUUCGCUGUUUAGUGACCUUGGUUCGUAUUGAAGCAAUUAUGUCUAUGCCGCUGUGAACUAGAGGUCGAUUGGAGUAAUUUCCUCUCUUCUGUUUUGUAUGUUGUGUUUGAUCCUUUAUGCUAUGUACCCAGAGCUUUCGUCAUGUCCAUUUACCGCGAGAAAGAACUAUAUAAAGCGCCUGUGAUGCACAGAUGUGAGUGUCUGUAUGUAUGUUAGAGUUGUUAAUGAAUUCCUCGGUGGUUAUUUCUUGUUUUUUUAUUAUAUAUACAUAUAUAUAUGUAAGCAGAUAUCUUUAAUUGAAACAGCCUUCAUUCUGACACCCUCUGUUUGGUGUUGUUUUCAUCACACUCGUCGUAUGUCACAUAGUCAGCUGAAUAAAGCUUUUCUUUUCUGAUGUAUGGCACAUGUUAUAAACCUAGCACUACCAAGGGCCCAGCUGCAUAGCUCGCAUGAAACAAACUAUGAGACACACCUGCAUUGAUUUUGCUGCAUAUCGUCUAUGUUAAGCUUGAAAGCACCCAUAAGUGAAACUAUUUCGUAGACCUCUGUUUGGUUUCUCGGAGAUGGAACUAUCUUCAUACUUUACGUGGAAAACUAAUUUCUAAAGCUUCUCCUCCUUUUCUUUUAUGUUUUUUUUUCCCCACAUUUGUCCCAAACAGACCCGGUAACUCUCUGAGAUGUGCAAUGUGUCUGGUGUCAAAGAACAUCGCCUAGCAUAUCUUUUCUGACAAGAGUGUUUGACUGUCAAAUGCUGCCUAUGACACACUUCCGCAACCUGCCCAUCCUUUGUGUUGGUAGCUGUGCCAAUGUGGAGUGGUGUCACUCGCUCCGGCCAACAUUGCUUUCAGCGUGACUUUCGAGACUGGUGCGUCGUGACACCCGAUCUCGGAGCCCAUGGUUUAACCACAUCCAGUCGCUUUUGGGAUGUUUGUUUUCAGUGCUGGCCGGAGGCACUGCUUAGUCACGAUAUCUCAAGGAAUCUGACAGUCAUCCGUAGUGUUUUAUUGCUAAGUCACAGCAAACACAAAAAAUGGCAGGCAAGGCAAAGUGUGCUUUAAUCUAACAAUUCUAGGCUCCAUACAGAUAGUGCGGGGGUAUAACUUGGCUCAAGCGCUCAAUUUGUUAACAUUUUUUUACACUACGCUCUCGGUUUGAAGGUUAAAGAACAUUUUUCUUUCUCUAUGCAUACCGAAUGUUUGUACGUUACCAUAUUGAUGUGAAUUUCCUUUACAGCCAGUGGGAAGCAUGAGACUAGAUGCUGUGCUUAGGAGGGCUUAUUUUUGUUCCGCUCGCUUAUUUGCACUGAUAUAAUGCAUUAACACUGUCAACCCACUGCCCUUGCAUUUCUUGCGUUGGUGUAUGGCAUGCUAAACCACCAGGCAUGUAAGCCGCACAGGAGAGAAAAACCAAUUAAUGCACUAGCAAAAAGGCAGGCUUGCACGCAUUGAAGUGGUUGACAGUCUGCGAGGACAAAGAGUGGUUUCGACAAUUCCAUCUUGUACUGCGCUGCAUGUUUAGACGGGUGUCGACAUCUGUGAACGCUUGAGCACUGUGCCAACUUGAAAGGCUAAUUUCCUUUGCGAUUGUAGUAAUUUCUUUUCCCAGAAGUCUAAAGUUAACAGUUGUAUCUGCCACAGUGGCAUACUCGCACAAAUUCUUCAGCGCUGUCACCGGCCUGCAUUGUAUCAAAAGCUGCGUUUGAAGUGACAUGGCUAGAGGAGGUAGCCAAGCCAGCUUUUGCCUGAAAUGACCGAGGAGAAUGGACGUGGAAAGAUCUGUUAGAGACGUAAACGCACGCCUCUCUUUCUUCUUUCGCGUUGCGUUUCAGCGACAUUUCGUAUCGAGAGGAGACUCCUUGGAGUGUGGGAAACAUGGUGUCGCGGUUGUGGUAAUGUCAGCCAUCCUGCAGUGCAGGUUACUCGUUCAUUACGUAUAGAGGGGCCCACAGAUUAUUGUUGAUUGAAGCGCUGGGACCUUGGCGUCGUCUGCACGGCGUGAGGAAAAAAACUGCCAGGUUGCAGAGGUCUGGUUUUGGGCCAUGAUAUAGAUAACGCACCUGUGUGAGCGGUUUGUCAGAGCAGCUUCUACGUCAUAAUUUACAGAAAGGCGGGCCUCGUAGUGCGAUAGAUUGCGCGUGACCUUGAAUGUAUUUGCCGAUGGCAGCGAACACCUCUUCAAGGUAUACCUGUUCAAAAUGACUACAUGGUACCUUCCAUUGGAUGUUAAAUGCCUAGUGUCGAUUUGCAAGAGCGAAUGCCUUUGAACAUGGCACCUUCUCCUAGCAGUCAUGUAUACUACCUGUACAUUUAAAUGUUUUAAACAGAUAUCACGUUGAAGCCUGUAUACUGCGAAUAGUCUAUGCUUGGUUUCUUCCUCGCUGAGUCGCUUAAUCCCCGUAGCGUCAAUGGGGGUCCUUUCUUUCGUAGAGUCUGCUCGGGCAUGUUUCUUUUUUCCACGUUGCUUGGGCGUGUGUUUAAAGUGUUGAAUACACACCAUAUAUAUGCCACAAGAGUCGAAGAAUUACUGUUCUUUUCCAUACCCAAUAGAAGGAGCAGCAAAAUCUUCCAGCGCGAAUUUUUAAAUACUAGAAGGCCAGUGAAGUGUAGAAUUGCAUGUAGUAGUACAAUCCAAGAAAGAAUAACAGACAGUUGUGGAGGUAUCCACUUGAAGCUGUUUGUAUUGGUUAUGUACCUUAAUAAGUAACAAUUUCCAGCAGUAUUGGCACUAUGCCCACAUAACAUGAAGAGCUGUGAAAAAUUAGCAAGUGUCAUGCGACACUUAACCUCUAGCAAAGAAGGUAAAUGCCUACUUCUACUGUAUGUACUCGAUACUGGGUAGGAAUAUUGUGUUUAAACAUUCCUGUUUGCUUUGUCGGGUUUUUAACACUUGACUGGAUGUGUAUAUGCUGCUGUUAGACUUUGUGCAAUGAAUGUACCAAUGUUUAUAAAUGGGAUCAUUGCAGGUGGCCCUAUAAAAGAGUGUCCCUGU